AUGAAUCGAGGAACCCCUAUGAAUGUACCAGCCACAAAAGAGGGCCUUAUGAUAGUCAAUAUGGGCCCCCACCACCCCUCCAUGCAUGGUGUUCUUCGACUCAUUCUUACUCUAGAUGGUGAAGAUGUUAUUGAUUGUGAACCCAUAUUAGGUUAUUUACACAGAGGAAUGGAAAAAAUUGCGGAAAACAGAACAAUUAUACAAUAUUUACCUUAUGUAACACGUUGGGAUUAUUUAGCAACUAUGUUCACAGAAGCAAUAACUGUAAAUGGGCCAGAACAAUUGGGAAAUUUUCAAGUCCCGAAAAGAGCCAGCUAUAUCAGAGUAAUUAUGUUGGAAUUGAGUCGUCUAGCUUCUCAUCUUUUAUGGCUUGGUCCUUUUAUGGCCGAUAUUGGCGCACAGACCCCUUUCUUCUAUAUUUUUAGAGAAAGAGAGUUAGUAUAUGAUUUAUUCGAAGCAGCCACUGGUAUGAGAAUGAUGCAUAAUUUUUUUCGUAUCGGAGGAGUAGCAACUGAUCUACCUCAUGGAUGGAUAGAUAAAUGCUUGGAUUUCUGUGAUUGUUUUUUUAAAGGAAUUGAUGAAUAUCACAAACUUAUUAUGAAAAAUCCUAUUUUUUUAGAACGAGUAGAAGGAAUAGGUAUUAUUGAUGCAAAAGAAGCACUAAAUUGGGGGUUAUCUGGUCCGGUCCUACGAGCUUCUGGAGUACAAUGGGAUCUUCGUAUAAUUGAUCAUUAUGAAUCGUACGAUGAAUUUGAUUGGGAAGUUCAUUGGCAAAAAGAAGGAGAUUCAUUAGCUCGUUAUUUAGUUCGAAUUGGUGAAAUGGCAGAAUCUAUCAAAAUUAUUGAACAAGCUCUGGAGGGAAUUCCCGGUGGACCUUAUGAAAAUUUAGAAACCCGAUCUCUUGAUAGACAAAGGGAUCCCACAUGGAACGAUUUUGAAUAUCGAUUCAGUAGUAAAAAAGCUUCUCCUACUUUUGAAUUGCCGCAACAAGAACUUUAUGUGAGAGUCGAAGCUCCAAAGGGCGAAUUGGGAAUCUUUCUGAUAGGUGAUCAGAACGUUUUUCCUUGGAGGUGGAAAAUUCGUCCACCAGGUUUUAUCAAUUUACAAAUUCUUCCCCAAUUAGUUAAAAGAAUGAAAUUGGCCGAUAUUAUGACAAUUCUAGGGAGCAUAGAUAUCAUUAUGGGAGAAGUUGAUCGUUAA